AUGACGGCUGGUUCAUUAUUUCCCAUCCUAGUUAUUGAUCCGGUGUAUAAAGACAUCAAUGAAUAUGCAAAAGAUUAUGAUUAUGACCUAUAUGGUGUACCACUCUCGAAAUGGAAGCUUGUCUUUAAUAACCCGCAUAUUUAUUUAAAAUAUUAUUUAGAAAAGUAUUCAAUUCUGGCAUAUUUUUUACCCAUCAUUUUAUUUGCUCUUUACUAUAUCUUAUCAAACUUAUUUGAAUUCAUUUACCUUAUAUAUCGUAAAGUAAAAAUUAUUCAACAAUGGAGAAUAGCCAAACGUGAACAGUAUAAAAAAUGUCAACAAAGGUUCCACUUAAAGUUGCCUAGAACACAUGAUGAUUUUGCAUUGAUCAAUUACCAAGCAUAUAUUGAUUGGCAUAAAGUCACCGGUAGGAAUUCUAAACUAUCUACCCUUCCAGUAAACUUACCAGAUUAUGAAUGUUUACGCUUUGUAUUGGAUAAUUCAUGGCCGUUUCUAUCUGCCUUGAAAACAUUAGAAGAGGAUGUCCAUUGUUAUUUUGAUCCAGAAGUGAUAGAAGGUAAAGCAGAAAAUACUGAUCCUUAUGGGCCACAACAAAGACGAAACAGACUGAAACGCUUAGUGACUCAACGUAAAGCACGCUUUAAAGUUGACAAUUAUGAUAUAAACUCAUCUGAUAGUUCUACAGGAUCAACAGAAGGAAUGAAAGAAAUUGAUAUACAGGCACUGGAAGAUCAAGGUUGGAUAGAAGAAUAUAAGUGGAGAGUAAGAAUGGCCUUGUUACAGGCGCAAAGAUAUGAAAGAAGAAGACACUAUCCGUCUGUGUCAUGGCAGUUCUCUGCGAACUUUGUUGAAGGUACCGAAGAGAAAAAAGGAGAGAUGGGAAGUCAAAAUAAUACAAAAAGUGACGAGAAAGUAGAUACUAACUCAGCAAAAGUAGGCGCGAAUGAUUUUGAUGAUCACAUGAAUAAGAGAAAGGCAUAUAACUCAAGGAAACAAAGAAAUCUAUUCUCAUGUCAGUCUAAUAUAACCAGCGGAUCAUUGGUAGCUAUAUAUGAUAGUGAUGAAAACCACUUUAAAACACAUUAA